AUGCCCAAGAUGGUGGCUCAACUCACCCGGCGCCCCCAGCUCACGCUGCAGUUGGUACGGUCAUUGCUGAGACAUCGCUUGAAACAGCGACUCUUCGUCGCUGACACGCUAGUGGAGUCUAGAGGCUUUCUGGCGCGCUGCCUGCGUUCCUGGGCCCGGACUUUGGACGAUCGACUCGGCAGCGAGGGCCUGAGAGAAGAUGAUUUGCGGGCCGUGACCUCAGAGGUCCUGCAGGAACUGGCGGCACAGACACAGCGGUUGGACAACGCCGAGGCUUUGGCCUUGGCUUUGUUCGUGGAGGGCUUCAUUGGGGAGCGCCUGGGCUCAGGGCUUUCUGGAGGCUUCGUCCUACACAGCGGCGCUGCUGUGCGCCGGGUAGUGCUGGCCUUGCUGAGUUCUUGGUCCGAGAACCCCAGGAUCUUGCGAUCCUUUUCUCCUGAGCUGGUGGGCAAGCUUUGGGCCUCCUGUGCCGCCAAACUGCGAAGGGAUGCGGGGGUCCAGACUCACCGAGACAUUCAAACCCCUUCUGGCACUGUGAAGAUGGAGUGGUUCAAGCUGAAGCCCACGCAGACCCUCAAAAAGGGUUACGGAGCCUUUCAUCCAGAAGAGCUGGCGGCGGCCGUGAUGCGGUUCCUUGUUGCGCAUCUAUUAGCCACGUGCGACCGUGGGUGCGAGGAAAUGCCGCGAGAAGGCAUCGCACCCAGGGCUCCAGCUGAGGAAUGGGCACAGGAUGUCCUGGACCGCCCGUUUGGCUGGGGUGUGCUCGUGCCUCUCGUGGUAGCUCCUGCGAAUAUUGCAGGAGAAGCGUUGCUUCUGUUAGAACUCCUGGUCCAGCGCCAUCCUCACAACGACAAGGUGGCGAAACGAUUGGCAGGUUUCCAUGUUUUUAUGCCACUAUUGCACCUUCCCUGGCCUCAAGCCAGCCCGGUGGAGAGCCAUCUGAGAGCAACCUUGUCGGGGCCUUCCCAACGGCGAAGUGCUUGCAGUGUGCUGCAGUGUGCCAUGGACACGGAGCUGGGGAUGCGUGUUGCAAGAGACCACACAGACCUUUGCUUCGAAGGUGCCGUCCGUGUCUUGCACGAGGUGCUUGGUGACUCCGAGCCGCAGUCCGUCUUCGCGGCUACGGAGUUGUUUGGACAGCUCUGCAGUCAGUUAGGUUGCUUCGACAAGGUGACGAUAGAGACGCUCUUUUGCCUUUUGCAGCACUUCAUUCGCAGCGAUCACGCAGACACCAGGUCACAGAUGGCGAAACUUCUACGGCUGAUGUAUGCCAACCAGUCCACCAAGGAGAAGUUGCGCGACAGCCUCAGCAGUAAAGAGAUCGGCCUCACCGACGAGCAGAAGUCCCGUGUGAUGCAGGAGGUGUUUGAUGCGCGCACAUUGGCCGGGCAGGUUGUGGGCGAGAAACUCGCCAAGGCCGCCAAAGAUGCGGAGCGCCAACCUGUUUCUCCUGUGCCCGGCGUGGCCGAAGGCCUGGCGACCACUUUGCGGCCACUGCUGGGAACUGAAGAGGCGGCCUCUCUGCGGCUCCUGGUCCUGGGCCGCCUGGCUCGCACUGUGGCGCCGCAGCUAGCGCAGCAGGGCUGCGAGGUCGUUCUUGGCGAGACGUCUCUCGAUCGCUUGAGUGGUGUGGGCAAAGGCGUGACGACGGUGUUGCUUCCGGUGCCCGAAGCCAUCGGCGGUGACCCGCACCUGGCAUCCCCAGAUCUUUUCGAUGUGGUGCUCGCCGUGGAGCCAUUGGGGUAUCUGGACCUCGCCGAGUAUGCCGACAAGCUGAGGCCCUAUAUCCGCAGGAGAGCAACAGAGGAAGAUCGGACUCGGAAUCAGGUGCAGAUGAUCUGCGUGGAGCUGCAAGAUCGCUUGGAAGACGCACGGGACGAGCUCUACAGUGCAGGCUACUAUCUGGCCGACAGCCAUCCGUCCCUGCCAAGCCUCCGGAAGGCCAUGGCGUCGAAAACCAAAGGAGGCCAUGGCCCCUUGGACGUUACUCUGCUAAGGUUGCCUUCUGCCGAGAAGGAGCGGAAGAAAGCCAGGGAGACUCGGGAGGCUCAGGAGCGAAAAGUCCAGCGGGAGGCCGAAGAAGUAGAAAAGGCUGAGCAAGAAGAGGAGGAGAUGGUCCAGAAAACCGUCCUUCAGACCGCUCUCUUUGACCCUGUCCUAAUGAUCCCAGAAGCUGCGAGCCUUCCAGUUGCUGUGGAGUUAGGACCCGGCCCGGGUGAAGCGGAGCAGCUGCUGCUUUGGCUCCCUGGCAACCAGGAGCCCCCCGAGCUCUGGCGCAGCGCACUCGCGUCGAUCUCUGUGCAGUCGCUGCGCGUGCUUGUUGUGGGCCGGCCGCGAGAUUUGAGGAAUUGGCACUCGUGGACAGACCAGGCCAUCGUGGCGCAGGGAAUGCAGUGGUAUGAGAUGCACGAGAUGCCGACGGAAGAGGCCAUCGCAAAGGCAGCCAAGGAUCCUGCGACCAACGUUUCGUUCGGAAAGCCCAGCGUUCCAGAGCUGCGCUGUUUGGAACAGGUAGAGGUGGGCUGCAAGCAGCUCUACAACUUGCUGGAGAGAGAACUACAGGCUUCCGAGAGGGCACCGAAGGUCUGGGUUGGCGGAUUCUCCCAGGGAGGAUCUGUCGCUGCUUACUCGGUCCUCUCGAAGACCGCGCCUGCCAAAGUUCAGGCCCAGAUGAUUGGUGUCAUCCUAUGUGGCUGUGCGAUACCGGCUUUCCAAUUCCUAGCAAGCAAGAUGCAGGACCAGUGCCUGAGGGCCCGGGAUGUCGAUCUGGAUGCUCCAGUCCCACAGGUGCAGGUGCUCCACUGCCAGGACGACCCGGAAGUGUCGAAGCACUAUGCCCAGACGGUAGUCGACCUGUCUAAUCGUUUCGAGUUCCCGGCACAGCUUCUAAGCUUCAAGACGGAGAUUAGCGAGCACCUGCCGGGAGGUCCAAGGCCUCUGCCAGGCAGCCCAGAACGCUGGCUGCCACCACUGCUCUCACGCGCCCUCACUGCCCAUGGCUGA